AUGGAUAAUAAUAAUAUAGUAUUUACAAAAGUUAUAUCAACAAAGUAUAUUAGAAAUAUUAUAUUUAAUCAAGUUAGAAGAUUGAAUAGAUUACAGAAUAAAGGUGUAUCUAUUAAAUAUAGAGAUGUUGAUUCGUUGGAAUGGUUGCUUGGACUCAGAGACACUAGUGCUUGUAAAUCAUUGGUGAGAGAAAAGUUGGUAAAGAGUAUUGGUCAUAUUAGAUUCCCAACACAUCAAGCAAUGGAGUUGAUGUGUCAAUUAGAGUUGGAUCUAUUUAUACAAGUGUAUCAACACUUUAAAGACGAUGGAAUUGGUCGACAUCACAUCAUACUAGACAGUGCAUGUAAAAUUGGUAGAUUAGAUAUCGUACAAUACCUCUUGUUGGAUCAACAACAUCAUCCAUUCACAAAUCACGCUAUUGAAUAUGCCGCUCGCAAUGGUCAUUUGGAUUGCAUAAAGGUGUUGUUUGGGUGUGGUCAAUUCGAUCGAGAUGUACAUAUCACAUGUCUAGCAUACGAUAGUGCUGCCAAAGGUGGACAUAUUGAAAUACUACAAUACUAUGACAGUUGCUUUACAAUUGAAUCGACAAACAAUUGUAUCGAUGAGGCAUGUAAAUUAAAUCAUGAACCGAUUGUUAGAUACUUGCUUGAUAAUAGACCGGACCUAAUGUUCUCAAACUAUGCUGGAUGGAAUGCUGUGGAGAAUGCAAAUGACAGUCUGUAUCGUCUGUUACUCGACCAUCACCAGACACGGUGCCAAUACACACACGGUGACGAUAUAUUCACAAGACAUGCAUCCGAAUCACCGUAUGUGUAUGGGGCAUUGGCCAAAGGCAACCUACAAGCCAUCAAAAACCUCAUUGCUAUGGGUGGCAUCAAACCGACACUCUCUGCAGGCUCAAUGAAUAGUAUCGUGGCGUCGGGCAACACCCAGCUGCUGGAAUACCUCGUCACCGAGGUCAAAGCAUUCCAUUAUCUGGAUUUCACGUCGUACUAUCAAUUUAGAGGCUGUCUUGACACUGCCAUUAGAAUCAAGCAUGUGGGUAUGGUCAAGUUGGUCUGCAAGCUCUUUAGCCUGGCGACUCCGGCAAUGCGUAUGUUUGACCAGGCGUGUCGUACACGAGACACUGAUAUCAUCGGCGCUGUCUAUCAAAAAAUGCGUGAUGACGGGACAGAGUUUGACCAAACCAUCACUGUACGUGACACCAAGUCACUCCUAUACCUCUACAAUCUAAUGCCAAAAACACACUUGUUUUCAAUUGAUACAAGUCCAAGUGAUAAAAACCUUCUUCACUAUAUCAUACCAACCGGUAACCUACAACUAUUCGAGUAUCUAUUGGCAUCACCACGGUUCUCAGCCACCUACAAGAUCACUGAAAAGACUGUAUUGCUAGCUGCCACCAACCAUCAACUAGGAAUGAUUAAAUUAAUAUUUCAGUAUCGAAAAGGAAUGACAGUCACACAAUCAAUGAUUAGAGCAGCUAUAGAUACCAAUAACCUCCAAAUGUUUAGACUCUUUGAAUCCAAAAUACCAAAAAACAAAGACCGAUAUUCAUUUGUCACCAAGUCUUCAUUCAAAGGUCCUUUGGUCAAUGGUAAUUUUGGUAUAUUUAAAGAAUUGGCAGAUUAUUAUAACAGGUUUCAGGCAGACCACCAAAUUGUAUUGGAUCAGGAUGAUUGGUCACAAUUUGCAAGGAUUGGGUCUUUUGUGGCACUUGAAAUGUUAAAUGUGUUACCAAGAGACCUAGAAUCACUACAAAUCAAUCAAAUAUUUGUUAAAAGGGUAUUCGAAAAUAAUCAUUAUACCUAUUUUAAAUCACCACUCUUUCCAACUCUAAAAUGUAAAGUUGCACCUCUCUACACGGAUCUUAUGCACAUGUCCAACUUUACAUUUCUUAAACAUGUAAUAGAUCGGUAUGGUCCAUUGGGGUCUGGUUGCGCCCUCCCAUUUAAUAAUCCAACCAUUUCAAAAUAUAUUACACAACGGUCGUCUUGUGAUGAAUAUGCAUUUUCUGAUCUAAAGUGCUCAUCAUUCGUUUUCAGCCUCUACUUAUACUUAAAGAAGACUAUAGUUGGUAGUACUCAUCGAUUAGUCAUUGGUAGUAGUACUACUACCCCUUAUAUUAGUAAAGAUAGUUGUAGUAAUAGUAUAAUCAAUCAUAGUAGUAGUAGGUUUUAUAGUACUAGUAAUAGUAAUAGUGAUAGUAGUAAUAGUAAUAGUGAUAGCAGUAAUAGUAGUAAUAGUAAUGAUAGUGCAACUUCAGAUAAAUCUAUAUGGUCAAGUGUUAAACAAUACUUGUUUGAAAGUAAUGGAGUGAUUUGGGAAUCAUCACCGGUGGAAGUGAUGAGUAGAAGACAACUGAAACAACACAAGAAACAAUCGAAAAAGGAUGGUGUACCAACCAACCUCUAUCAGGCAAAGGUGACAUCGUACGGACCCAACUUUCAAGGUAUUGCACAACAUCAAGACGUGAUUCUGAGCAACCUAAAGUCAACACCACUUAAAGUAAAACAACCUCUUCAUAUCAUCGAUGCACUCAAAGAUGAGAUAGUAGAGGCUCAGGUAUUUGGUAAAGAGGAUGGUUAUUAUACAGGUAGAACGAAAACGGUUUUAAAGAGAUCACCAAAUCGUGCUCAUCCACUAUGUGAUCACUAUGGAUUGUGUAAUGGAUAUAUCCCAAAACAACCAAAUGGAUUCGAGUAUAGAAGAAGAGCACGUCUCAGAGUACACUUUAAUCGCAAGACCAACAAGAUCGACGUUGGUUACGAUUCCCCUAAAAUCACAAGUUUCCAAGUUGAAUAUUGUCCGGUACUCGUCAAAGAACUUCAACGUAUGCCAGUUGAACUAUCCAAAUUAAUUGAAUCAUUAUCAAUUAAAUUACAAAUACCUUCAAUCGAAGUAACUCGUGCUGAUAAUAUAACAUCAUUUUCAAUAAGAGUAUUAGAAGCACCUGAAGAAUCGGAUAGAAUCAAAAUACAGGAAUUUGGAAAACAACAUGAUGCCAUUAUAAUUUUACAGCAUGGUGGACCUGGUUCAUUUGAAAAGAUAUAUCCAGAGCAUCAUGUAGAUAUGAAAUAUUCACCAAUCGAAGGAAUUACUCUCAAUAUAUCACCAGUUGAUUUCAUGCAAGUUAAUGCAAAUGCAAAUACAGUAAUGGUACAAAAGGUUUUAGAUUAUUUAAAUUUAAAUCCAUCAGAUAAUUGUUAUGAUUUAUAUUGUGGAGUAGGAAAUUUUACUAUACCAAUGGCAAAGAAGGCAGGAUCAGUCAUUGGAUUUGAACUAUCACAAGAAUUACUUACAAAAUUAAUUCAUAAUGUUCAUUUGAAUAAUGUCAAAGGAAAAGUACAAGCUGUACUAUGUAAUUUAUUCACAGAAGAUAUUCCAUUUUGUGGCAAUGAUGUUGCUUUGGAAAAUGGUGUAGAUGCUACUCAACAACAACAACAACAAAUAGAGAAUACCCCAAUGAGAAUUAACAAGAUAGUGUUAGAUCCACCUCGAUCAGGUGCACAAAAGAUUUGCAGGUCGAUUCCUCCCGGUCUAGAUUGUAUUGUCUAUGUGUCGUGUGGUCCCGAGACAUCACUUGUCAAGGAUCUUUUAUUGCUUUCACCAAACUACCAAGUCAAGGAAAUUAAACUAUUGGAUAUGUUUGCUCAAACUUCUAAAAUGGAGGCUAUUGCUUAUUUAAUUCCAAAAUAA